UUUCUGGGCUAGGAAGUGAGGGAAAAGCUUCCUUGGGGAGAGGAAUUCUUCUGCUGUGGGCCAAAGCAGCUGAAGCCACGCAGGCCCCAGUAGCAGUGGAGGGCAUUGCCAGCUCUGCAGAGGGGCAAAGGCCAUUCUCUCAGCCAAGGCUGCCACUAGAGGAGUGAGAACGGGACCCCUGGUCAAGUCUGCUCCAGGCCUGUUAUGGAUUCAUCAAUUAAGGACAAAAUGCAGCCCACACUUCCCUCUGGCCACCCAGGCUCUUCCUGUCCAGGGCCUGAAUGGCCAGAGCAGGACAGAGCAGAGCAGCUGGCCAGAGGUGCAGCACUCAAGUGGGCCUCAGGCAUCUUCUACCGGCCAGAGCAACUGGCCCGUCUGGGCCAGUACCGCAGCCGUGAGGUGCAACGUACCUGUUUCCUGGAAGCACGCCUCAAGUCAGUGGUGCAGUCAUACCUGGAAGGUGUGCAAACUGGUGUGUGGCAGCUGUCCCAGGCUCUUGGGGCUGUGCAGGGAGUCCAUGAGGCCUUGAGCCAGGCCCAUGGGUUGAUCCAAGGCCUGGCUCAGGCCUCAAAGUCCCUAGAGGCCCUGCGGGAGCAGGUUACUCAACACAAACAACUGCAGGCCCUGUCUCAGUUGCUGCCCCGGCUGCAGGCAGUGCCUGCUUCAGUGACCCACACAAAGAUGCUGAUCGAUGCCCAACAACUCUUGGAGGCAUAUGUGAGCCUGCGGGAGCUGGAGCAGCUACAAGAGGAGGCAUGGGUAUCCUUGGGGGGCCUAGAGUUGCCAGUCUUCCAGGGCCUGGGCCUUUUGGCUGAGGCAAUGGGCCAUGCUGUGGAGGAAGCUGCAGGGGCUGCAGGACAGCUGGCACGGACAGAUCCAGCCUUACUCGUGGCUGCUAUUCGGGUAGCAGAGAUGGAGGCUAGGCGCACACCUCCACAGAGACGGGGCCCUCGAGACUGGCAGCGGCGCUGUCUGCAGGCAUUACAAGCAGGCCUGGAGCAGGUCCACUUUGGAACAACUGUGCUGCCUAAGCCAGGGGCCCUAGCAGAGUGGCUAAAGGCUUUGCAGGUAGCUCUGCCUGCUGAGUUGGCCACAGCUGAGGCGCUAGUAGCACCUUGCUGCCCACCAUAUUACAAUGUGAUCAGGCUAUGGUCCCACACCCUGCAUAAUGGCCUGCGCCGCAGCCUGCAGCAACUCCUCAAAGGACCUGAGCUGGGAGCUACCGAUGCCUUCACCUUGCUGCACUGGGCACUGCACGUGUACCCGGGAAAGGAAAUGAUGGGGAGCCUGGAGUUGGGGCCUGAGGCUGAUGUGUCCCAGCUGGAGCCCCUCUUGACCUCAGAGAACAUUGAGAAGCUGGAGGCAACAUUUGUGGUUAAAGUCCAGGCAAGUGUGGCUCAGUGGCUACAGAAGGCACUGGAUGGGGAGGUAGGUGAGUGGAGCCGGGAGCAGGAGCCCAACACAGACCCUUCUGGCUUCUACCACUCACCAAUGCCAGCCAUCGUAUUGCAGAUCCUGGCUGAGAACAUUCAUCUGGCCGGCAUGGUCAGUGAGUCACUGCAGCACCGGGUUCAUGGCAUGGCACUGUCAGAACUGGGCACAUUCCUAAAGAGCUUCAGUGAUGCUCUGAUCCAAUUUUCCCAAGACCACCUCAGUGGGGAAGCCCUGGCUGCUCAUUAUGUGUCCUACCUACUGGCUGCCCUCAACCACCAAUCAGAACUGAGCGCCUCACUGUCCAUCCUGCACUUCGAUGGAGUGGCUCCCGGGGUCUUGGCUCCGGUAGAAGCAGGGCUGGAUGAGCUACAGAGGAGGAUCUGCCGCCUGGUGUUGGAGGCUCUGCAGGUGGAGCUCCAGCCUCUGUUCACGGCUCUGCCCUCGCGCCAAUGGCUGUCAAGCUCUGAGUUGCUGGACCGUGUGUGCGAGCAGACGUCGAACUUCUGCCGGGACUUCCGGCGCAUUCGGAAUCCUGAAGUUCAGGUGCUGCUGGCCGAGGCAGAGCGCACCGUGGUGGUGCAGUAUCUACACGCGUUGAUGCAGGGCCGCCUCGUGUGCCGCAGCGCGGAUGAGCGGGCUCAGGCAGCCCAGUGCCUGCAGCACGAUGCCGCCCAGUUUAAAGAGCUUUUCCUCAGUUUGGGUCUGGAGGAGACAGCGCAUUGCACGCCGGUACUGCUGGCGGUGAGGGAACUGCUGAACCUCUGCGACCCCACGCUGCUUGGUCUGGAGGUAGCAGGCUUGCAGCAACAAUUUCCCGACGUGAGUGAGGACCACGUCUCCGCCCUCUUGGACCUGCGCGGGGACGUGUCCCGAGAGCAGCGCCAGGCGGCACUCAGCUCGCUGGAGACCGGUCCGUCGUCCUCGCCUCGCACCGGCCGCCGCGCACUCUUCAGCCUAGUGCCGGCGCCUACACCUGCGCUCUCCACCUGCCUCUCGGGGCUCUGCACCUGAGCUCCAACUCUGUAGCAUAAAGCCACCCCUGCCCCUGUACGCCUGAAAAUCUGUUUGGAAGAAGGCGGGUUGGGAGGGAGAAAAUAAAAGUGCUGGUGGAGA